GUUGAAGAAUCUUUGAAGAUGAUACGCAAAUAAACAGAACCAUUAUCAUGAGACCGAUCACAGUGAAGGAUUGAUGUCGAACUGCUUAUGUUUUAUGCGGAUUCAUUUUCCAUUUCCGUGCUGUGUCAUCACAAUUGUAAAAUGAUGUUGAUUAAUGGCCGCGACAUAAUGUUUCCCCGAAUGCCUUCUAUUUAAGUAAAAAGUAAUAUGGCUUUUCUUCGUGUAGUUAAUUUGAACGACAGAACGCGAGCAUAAAAAGAUGGCGAAAAACAAAAAAAGCAAAGCCCAGGCCGGCAACAGACACCCCGUCCGGAAGGAGGGAGGUCUUCACGCAGGCAGUUCCAAGACCAUGGCCAAGCACGGGAAUUCUGUGCAGAAAAAAGGCAAAGGCGGGGCGAAAGGCCGGGGAAAAGCGCCAUCUUCAGACCACCCGAGCAGGCGAAAACCCGCACCGGGGCCGCAGGUGAAGGUGACUAGUACUGGCAACUUUUCAUCUAGAAAUAAAGGAAAGGGAAAAAUUGCCCACAUGCGUCAACUGCGCAGCUCUACUACUACUUCAAGCAGGAACCAGCUGGCCCUGUACGAGCAAGCCGGCGGGGUUGUGCAGCGUGUGUUCGUGGAGAAAAAAUCCGGACUGAAGAACGCACUCUACAACAGCCGUCCGAAGCCAGGUUCAACAUCUUUCUUAUCGGGGACCACGACUUCGGCUUCGAACAAAGUGACCGUGAAAAGUGGAGAAGUCAGGUGUUCCACGACUGCGACGGACGAGGAAGCAGACCCCGAGGACCCUGCGAGCUCCGCACUGCCCGCCCUGUGCGCGAUUGUCUCGAAAACCUUGAAGCUCGCCCCGUUGCUGUUGCCGCUCUUGCAGCAAAACCACGCAGCGGUGUUGGACCAAAUUGCCGAAGUGAGUGCGGAGCAAGAACAGCGUCGAGGGGGUUCUUCUAGUACUUCCUCGGGUCGUUGUAACAGCACGACCGCCGCGCAGCCAAAGCACCUCGGUUUUGUCCUCGUCAUGGUCACGCAGCUGCUGUACUGCCGCGAGCAGGGGAAAAGCUUCAAGGUCGGUGGCAGGAAGGUUACCCCGUUGAAGCGGAUAGUUGAGGAAGUGCGGAACGGCUUGAUUGCAUCUACUUGUUCAUCCGGAAAGACAAAGAUGAACAAAAAUGAAGCCAAUGUUGAUGCUCCUCUACUUGCAGAGCACCGUCGUAGCAAACAUGGCUGUGAAAAUGAGAAGAUGAACGCACCAGGAACGCACGGCGACGAACGCCGUAAUACUAUCUCGGAAAAGCAAUUGCAGGCCAUUUUGCUCGACCAUAAUUCUCCUUCCCACGACGGCGCUGACCAUAAGAACACGACCGUGAGUGGAGAACGACCAGAAGAAGACGGAGCAGGCAAGCAGUACUGCUACUUCAGAAUCAAUCCAAGAAUCGUUUUGCCGCUCGCUGUGCAGGCGAGCCAUGAGCGACCAGCGGAAGCGGUGGAAGUGGAAGGGCGCCAGGUAGAAGAACGAGAGCAAAAUGCAAACAAGAGUCCGGGCGGCCGUGGUAAGGAAGUACAGGAACUUGUUGUAGAACCCCAAGCAAGAAAUUGUACUCCAUCUUCUAAAACCUCCACACCGCUGCAACCUCCGUCGACAAAUUGUUUCACUUCCGAAAACAUCAAUAUACUGACGGAAAUCGACAAGUGGCUAGAUCCAGUGACUCAGUCAUUUCUGCACGAGAAAAUGGAAAGUUUGAAAAAACAGGGAAAUAAACCUACGAAGAAAAAAAUCGUAGAAAAUACUUCCGAAGUAGAUGCCGGUUCAACAACUAGUACGACUUCCAGUUGCGGUGCAAGUACCAGUAGUACCGCCGCCGCGCUCGCCCGCGUCUUCGAGAAGGACUCCGUGGUGCCUUUGUGCUAUCGGAUGGAGAAACGCAACUACGCGACCUACCUGCACCCGCUGGCGGACGCCGGAAUCGUCAUAGUGCAGGACCGCAGCAGCCAGUUCUCGGCUUUGGCCGCUGUUGACACGCUGCUUGGCGGGGGAGGGAAUAAUUCUACUUUGCCCAAAGAAGUUGACGAUGAUCAUGUUGACGACAGAAAUGAUGGAGCUGCCGUUCCGUGUAGACGUCGUCGAGGGAGUUCUUCAUCUUUUUCUAGUUCCUUUUCCUCUGGGCUAAAAAUCCUGGACGCCUGCUCCGCUCCCGGGUCGAAGACCUCGCACGUCAUCCAUCUGCUGCAGUUGUACCGAGCAUAUCAUCACGACAAAAGGAUGCUAGUUUCGCCCGGUCGUUCCUGCGCUUCUGGCUCGUCCUCCAUCCGAAGUAAAAAACGGGCGGAUGAAGUAGAACAAACAGAAACACCAACACCCAUCAUGGACACGGUCAUCGCUUUGGAGCGGGACCCGAAGCGGUUUCGAAUAUUGUUGACGCGACUGGCGACCGUGUGUGACCUCUUUGCAGUAGAUGAAGGGCAAGAACUACUACGACCGGGAGGAGAAAAAAGUUGUUCUCCCUUGCAGCCCGCGGAAAUCGGCGAAAAAUACAAGGACUUUUUUGCAACGGCGAAGAAGUCUUCAGUUCUGUCAUCGCAGAACAGAAUUAUUACCGACUACGGGCAAGAGAAGGUUGACAAAUUGACAGACCACGGGAUAAAAAACCCGCCCGCGGAAAAUAAAAGAAAAGAUCAUACAGCAACCUCUUGGGCGGGAAGUGAUCCUAUGGAGUUGAAAUUCCACAUUCCUAUACCGCAGCGCGGCGCACCAGAGCAAGACAAAGACUUAACAAAAGCGAAACACAGCAUUUUGGUCGUUCUGAAAUUAGGCGACUUUUUGCAGCUGCGGAGGAAUGAGGAAACCGCGCAACGAGGACCAGCGGAAAGAAAUAGCACGUUCUUGUCCCACGACGACCAUCUCGACGCUAUUCUCCUGGAUCCGUCUUGCAGUGGGUCUGGUUUGCAAGAGCACAACCAGGAAAAAAACCGCUACGAAAUUACAAAGAAUACUUCCGACCGUAUGAAGAUGUUGAGUAAAAACAAUUCGACGUCCACACUAGAAGAAGUACUGCCAGAGCAGGACCAGUUUUCGGCCCUGGACCCGUCGGCACGCGCCCGUGUGGAAAGCCUGGCCGAGUUCCAGACCCGGAUGUUGCAGCACGCGCUCGGGUUGAUAGCAGGAGGAGCUUCGUUGAAAUGUUUGCACGACCGCAGUAGUCAGGUAAACAAAAAUGUUAAGCGAAGUAGACCCUCCUACGUGUUCUAUUCGACGUGUUCCGUGUACGAUCGCGAAAACGAGCGCGUGGUGAUAGACGGGGUAGAAAGGGCGGAACGGGAAGUUGUAGUGGAGACAGAGCAGCUCCAGAUCAUGCAGCGUGGUCGUGAAGGUGAAGCUCUAGUAGGUUCUUUAUUUCCACCGGCUCAAGUUGUAGAACUACAUCUGCUCCAGCAGCAGAACUUGUUCGAAGUGCAAGCCGCGUUGCCAGCCUCGAUGCGGGCAGUGUGGAAAGAGGAGACCAGUUUACGGAAGGUCAAAGCCCAUUUUUCGGGAUCAGGUGGUGCACUUAAUAACCGACUUGAUUGCAGCACCGACGAGAUGAACGGUGGAGAAAAUGAAAACGAUGUUGCGAUGAAGGAGUUGUCAGAAGAAGGAGAUCCUCUUCAUCUUCACGAAGUAGAUGCGGUUGACAAAGAUCAUGACCAGGGAGGUCGUCGCCGUGGUGAAGAGUCUCCUCGUCUCCCACGACCAGCAGACGCAGAUCCUCAACUCGCGUCCAACGUGAAUCACCUCCGGAUGCUGUGCGCGCAUUCCUAUCCGGAAGAGCACCAGUGCCGCGGCUUCUUUUUGGCGAAGGUGGCUUUAUCAUCUGUGGAUCCUUGCCGCGCGGCGCGUGGAGGAUCAGAACCAAAAGACGGAACCUCAACAACGCAGCCGCAGGCAGAUGAGGUAAUGAAGAAUGACUACCGUGACCACACAGAAACAGAUCAACAUGGCCGAAAAACGGCGAGUAGUAGUCCAUCUUCACGACAUGAGCCUGUUGAACAAGUAGAGACGCAUCAAGCGGGACGUCGAGAGGCAGCUUCGAAAAAGAGACAGACGGCUAGCGGAAACGUUGGAAUCUCCUCGACGGAAGAGGAUUUUGCUCCUCAACAAACCUCUCAAUACGUCUCGGUGAAGAAGGCGCGAAGGCUCAUGGCAGAGUUGCGCAGCCAACUCCACGCUUGUAAAAAAUGAAUGCCGUUUGCGUUUCACAAGACAACUUCCUUGAAGCAGAGCUCAACAGAGUGUAUUGCGAGAGAAUUUUCGUGGUCAUGCGUUUCGGAGAAUUUUUUUGCUUGAGCUUGAAGCUUUUCAAACGGCGACAAGAACACAUCAA